AACCGCGCGUCCGCCGCUCCCGGUGCCCCGCCGGGAUCCCCUCGAGCCCCGUCCGUGCCCGGGCUGCGGAGCGGGGCUGGCUGUUUCCCCCCACGCCAUGGAGCGGGCGCUGCUGCCCCUCCUGUGCCCGCGGGCCCUGCGGCUGUGCCGGGCCGGGCUCCGGUUCCGCUCCAGCCGCGGGGCUGAGCAAGGAGCGCCCCGAGGCCGCGAUCCCCCGGAGGCUUCGGGGGCCGGGCGGGGGUCGCGCACCGGGCGGGAGCUGUGGCGGGCACAGCAGGACCCGCCCCGGGCCGGCACGGGGAAGGGGCUGGAGCGAAGGGCGCCGUCCCUGGAGAGGACCAAAGGCUCGGAGAUCCUGUUCGGGGUGGCCCCGUGCUGGCUGGCGCUGGCCCGGGCGCGCAGGGCGCUGUUCCGGCUGUUCCUGAAGGAGCAGCGCGGCGGCCCCGGGCGGCCCCUGAGGGCCGAGCUCGCCCUGCAGGCCGCGGCCCGCGGGGUGCCCGUGCUGCACGUCCCGGGCCGGGCGCUGGACACGCUGUGCCGGGGCCGGCCCCACCAGGGAGUGUGUCUGGAGGCGGCCCCGCUGCCCUUCAGGAGCCUGCGGGACGCUGAGGAGAGAGAUGGAGAGAGCGGGGACCGGCAGCUGCUGUGGCUGGUGCUGGAGCACAUCCAGGACCCCAUGAACCUGGGAGCCCUGCUGCGCUCCGCGUACUUCCUGGGGGUGGACAGAGUGGUGGCGACCCACAGCAACAGUUGCCCCUUGACUCCCAUAGUGAGCAAAGCCAGCGCUGGAGCCAUGGAGGUCUUUGAUGUGUACAGCACAGAUGAUCUGCAGGGCUUCCUGAAGGCUAAAAGUGCAGAAGGCUGGGAAGUGGUGGGAACAGCCAGCAGGCCUGAGGAUGUGGAAGGUGUCCCUGUCAUCAGCUGCUCAGAAUUCCGGUGGGACAAACCCCUUAUUGUAGUGAUAGGCACUGAAGGGGAGGGCCUUUCCCUGCAGACCCAGCUGCAGUGCCAGCAGAUGUUGGCCAUCCCCCCCGGCAGGGCGCUGCACCCCGGCAUCGACUCCCUCAACGUCUCCGUGGCUGCAGGUAUCCUCCUGCACUCCAUCUGCAGCCAGAAACGGAGGCAUGGAGAUUGAAGUCCUCUUUCUGUGGUGGGGGAAGCUGCUCAGGGUGGAUAUGGAAAUGCUCUUCCCAGGGUCUCCACCAUCACUCUGAGUUCCAGGGAGACCCCAGAGACCUGAGCUGCAUUUUGGCUGCUGCAGAAGCCACCAGAUCCCUGACUUAACACCAAAGGCAGACCCCUGACGUUGUAGGUAACACCUGGGAGGAGCAGCUGUGGGAAGGCAGGCAGGUCUGGCAGCAGCCACUUUUGGCAGGAGAACACCCAGGGAUGGCUGCCAGCACCUCUGCACUGGGGACUUUGUGCAUCACUUGAGCUCUGGGGACAAUUUGGGCUGUGGGUGAAAGUGCCCUGUGCCCCUGGGCAGCAGCUGCUGAGUGCCAGCUGUGCCUGGGAACCUCUGGAGCUGGAUUUUCUGUGUUUGGUUGUAAACCAGGUGUGCAGCCCUGCCAAGGGCUGGCAAACAUCUGGAGUGGGGGGGGGAAAUGGAGCCCGUGGAAAUAAAGCUUUUGUAAAGAUUGGUUGUAGACUCCAAUUAAUCAAUUUUGUGUCAUGUAAAUCCAGAGUGUGAUUAGUCCUUUAGGUGGGAAGAGGGAUCUGGAGCUCGUUUCCUUCUGGGGAAGUUUCCUUUCCAAGCUGGGCUGAUCCUACUGGAGGCUGAGGUGCCCCAGGACCACUGUCCUGCUGGUGGCACCGGGGUGGCUCCAUUUGCAGCUGUCCUGCUUGAAAAACCAGGCUGGUUAAAUUAUUGAGAGCCAAAAGAACGUU